AUGGCGGUAGCCCAGAUUAAUACGUUUAGUGAGGCGAUGGAGAAAGUACUGCGAGUUGAAAAUGCUAGACUUCAAGUUAGAAACUUCCAGUUGAGGAAACGGGGAUUUCCUGGAAAUAGUUCAGGGCAAGGUGAGAAAGGUAACCCUCCCAAGUCUGGAAGGGGGAUCAGAGGAGUGAGACUUCCGGGAAUGUCAAGAGGAACCUCGCCUAGGGGUGGUCCAGUUAGACAAGGCCAACAGAGAAGUGCCUCACAGGGAAGCUCAGCCUCUGUUUCCCGGGGUCCUUGUGGAUGUUGUGGGAAACCGAACCACAUGGAGGACAACUGCUGGAGGAAGGAAAGGAAAUGCUUACGCUGUGGGAGCGCGGAGCACCAAAUUGUUAACUUUGCAACUUCUAGAGAAGUAGCUUUUGUUCAUCAAUUCUUCUCCAAUUUAGUUUUUAUUAUCAACAUUGUUACUGCAUCUAGCAAACGUAAUGAUGAAUUAAAGGAGGCUCAAGCAAUUGAAGUUGCUACUAAGAUUGCUAAUGGUGAACUUGAAACUGGAAGGGGGCUUAAUCAAAUUGGCACUUUAAAACGAGUUGGAGAUACUUUAGAUGGAGGUUCAUACUCUCAACAUGGAGAUGCAAAUUUUGCUUUGAAUCAGUUGUUAUCUUUUGAGUUUGUUUUCACUUUGCAUCUUAUGAAAGACAUUAUGGAAAUUACUCAUCUUCUUUGUAUAGCAUUGCAACGUAAAUCUCAAGAUAUUUUGAAUGCAAUGCAUCUUGGCUCAAGCACAACAAAGCUACUGAAAAAUUUUCGAGAUUCGGGAUGGGAUGAUUUCUUGGUGAAAGUUAAAUUAUUUUGUGAGCAACAUCAAAUUGAUAUCCCAUGUAUGAAUGCUCAAUAUAUUGCAAGACGUGGUAGAUCUCGAAGUCAUCAUGAUGAGAUUAGUGUGGAGCAUUAUUAUCGAGUGGAUAUAUUUCUUGCAACAAUUGUGAUAGGGUUUAAUGAUCAUACCGUGGAAUUGCUUGUUUUGAGCACUGCUUCAGAUCCUAGAAAUGGAUUUAUGCUGUUCAAGAUUGAUGAUAUUUGUAAACUUGUAGAGAAGUUCUAUCCGAAUGAUUUUAUGGAGCAAGAACUAGUACGUCUAAGAAUAGAACUUCAACAUUUUGAGCUCGAUAUUCCAAAUCAUCUUGAAUUGCAAGAAUUAUCUGGUAUUCAUGAGUUAUGUCAAGGCUUGGUGAAGACAAGAAAAUCAGUGAUAUAUCAUCUUAUUGAUCGAUUGAUUAGACUUGUUCUUACUCUUCUUGUAUCAACUGCAACUGCAGAGCGGACAUUUUCAAUUAUGAAAAUAAUCAAGACAAAGCUCCAAAACAAGAUGGAAGAUAAUUUAUUGAAUGAUUAUCUAACUGUAUAUAGAAAAGGAAGUUGCUGA